UUUUUCCUGUUGUAUGUUUUACAGACCGGUAUAAAAGAUGCUGGAAGAGGAAACACUCUCAGAAAGUUUUGCAAAAAUGAGUUUGCAGGAUAAGCUUGACUAUGUGGACCACGAAAUAAGAUUAUUGCAUCAAUUUUGCAAACAAACUGGAUAUAGUGCACACAAAAUAAACGAAUUUGCAGAGCCGUUUGUCGUUGAAUACCAAAAGGGUCAACGAAAAUAUUCCUUCCAAAUAAUAUCAUUGAUGACAUGCAUUGUUGUCUUAUUUGGUAUUGCUGGCUAUGUUUUAGUUUCUCAACCAUUUGGACAAGCUUUGAUAAGAAUUACUGCAAUUCAGUUUUAUCCACUAUAUGAAUGGAUUCAGAUACAUAACACGGACUGUCUAGUUAAGAAUCCAUUAUUUAUUGACCAAUUCUUAACCGAAGAAGAUUGUCAGUUGUGUAGCGGUAUAAAUGAUGUAAAAAGAAUAUCAGGUUUAACAGAAGUCCAGUUUGUAGCAGAGUUUAUGAAGACUGGACAACAUGUUAUUGUAGAAGAUGGUAUGAGGGAUUGGCCAGAAUCAAUGACAUCUUUAACAAUUGGAAAGAUAAAGGACAUUUACCAGAAAGAUCCAGCUUUCUUUGACAGUGAACCAUGUGACCUCAGUAGUAACUUACCAUACCGGGAUGUGGACAAGUUUAUGGAAGAAGAAAAUAAAAUAAAACAGGGAUAUUACAUUUCAUGGACAAACUGUGUAAAACAAACAGCAAAAGCCAUGAGGAGGUUUUAUAAGAGACCUUACUUCUUACCAUCUUCGGUAGAGAUGUUUGAACAGAAUUUUAUAUAUUUCUCUAAGAAAUACAAAAUCAAGGAAGUAGUAGAGUUUAAAACAGAGACAGCAAUCAUAAUCUUACUACAACUUAAAGGAAGAAGUACAUUUAACCUCUUUCCUGAAGACCUGUGCAAUACCUCAUGCAUACCAAUACAGGAUACCCUCAAUGAAGGACAGAUAUUGAUAGCUAUGAAUACUCAUAAAGUAUGGACUUUAGACAUCCAAGGAACUGAUGGGGAGGAAAACAUAGCAAUAGGAAUUGAGGGGAAUUAUAAUUGAACUUUUAUGUACAGAAAUCCAGAGAUUGACAGUUUGAUAUUCCAUAUUUAUAUUAAAUAUGAUUUUCUUAAGAAA